UACUAGUCUUGACUAGCAAACAAGAGAAGUUCUGACGUACUCCAUAUAUUAUUGAAAAUUCUGAUUCUCCUCUUUUUGUAUAUUUACUUACAAAAUGUGGCUGAACUCUAGUUCUUUAUACAAUGAUGAGAGAGUUCUUCUUGAAGAAAAAGAAGAAGACGCAUUAUCAUUACGCGAUCUGCCAAAAAAUGAAGAGAACCAAACAAAAAAACAAUCUCCUAGAGGAAGCUUAACACAAGAAGAGUUUGAUUUCUGCUCGUGCGUUGGUUCUUUGUUGAAAGAUUCAGAAAUGUGUAAUGCUGAUGAAGUUUUUUUCCAAGGUCAAAUGUUGCCUCUACAAUGUUUGCCAAGUGAUAGCCAUAGUAAUGUUUUCAGGGGAGGAGCUACAUGUAAUGAACGAGGUUUAAUUGAAUCCUCCUCCUCGACAAGUUUUUCUCAGCAAAUAAGCGCACUUGGAAUUCGAAACCAGUUUCGUUCUCAACUAAGCCCGACAACCCAGGUUCAAUUUUCAAAGAUCACACACAGAAACAUCAACAGGUCUAACCCAAAGCCGAAAAUGUGGAGUCAUUUUCGUGUUGGGUUGGUGAAAACACCAGAAAUUGCACUAGAAGAUCUUAAAAUUCGUCGCAACAAGGAUUUCGCAAGUCAAAAUAGCACGAGUAGUAGCAGCAGCAAUAGCAGUUCGAGCAAUGACAAUAGAAAGAGGAUUAUAUUAAGCAAGAAAAAGAAGCAGAGGAAAAGGGCAUUUCCCGGAAGUUGCAAAUGUUCAGUGAAUUCAGUUGAAAUAGUUCCUUCUAAAGUUGUUACCAUAAACAGAGUCAGCACCACUGUGAAUUUGAAAGAGGAAAUGAAUGACCAUAAUAUUGAAGAUAAUUAUAAGGAUGUUACAGAGAUGAAGGAGAACAAAAAGAAACAAAUCGGGACACGUCAUCGAACGUUUGAAUGGCUAAAGCUGCUUUCACUUGAAUGUCCAGCAGAUGAAACAUAGAGAUUUUAAACA